CAAGAAUCAGCAUUGGAUAGCGGGGUGUAGAGAAUAGCCGCGCUUCCCUGGGAGUGGUAAUGUGUCGAACCAAUCUACUGCGUUCUUGUGAUCAUUGACUUCGGCCAUUGGUCUAACUUUUGUCAACCAAUCAUUGAAAAACCAGUGAGGAAUACCCAAUUGAGUAAUUAUGGAGCACACACAGCUUCAAACAGAUGGUUCCCAGAUGGUUACUUUGAAUGGGCAACAACUACAAGUGGUACAACUUAAUAACGGCCCUCAUAUGGCCCAUGGUCAGCAAAUUGUUUUACACAAUGUACCCUCUACAGCUCCUACUAUACAGAUUGGAAAUCAACAAAUCCAGGUGGCAGCUCCAAACAAUCAACAGAUACAAGGGUUACAAGUCUUGCCUCUUUCCAGCAUUCAAGGUGGAAAUCUAAAUCUGCAAACAAUGCAGUUAGUUCAAACUGCCGAUGGCCAGACGUUCCUGUACCAGCCAAACAACAAUGCACAAACACACCUAGAACAACAAGUCAUACAUCAACCAACUGUUAUAAAUCUAAACGGAAACCUGGUCCAAGUAGCUAACGCAGUUACCCCACAGCAGAUUGUCAACCAACCCAACAUCGUUAUGAUGGUGAACGGCAACAACAGUAACAGCAGCGAGGGGGCGUGUCCCGCGGGGGCGGCGGGGGCGGGGGCCGACGAGGAGCCGCUGCUGUACGUGAACGCGCGCCAGUACAAGCGGAUACUGAAGAGGAGAGCGGCGCGGGCCAAGCUGCACGAGCAGGGCCGGAUACCCAAGGAGCGACCCAAAUACCUCCACGAAUCAAGACACAGACAUGCUAUGAACAGGAUACGAGGCGAGGGCGGUAGAUUUAAUCCCGGUAGUAAAAAGAAUAUGGAGACACAGUCCGAACACCUUAUCAGUUUAGAAGAAAAAGCAGUGUACGAAGAUGUGAAGCCAGAUACUGUCUCUAUCACUAUCAUACAGAAUGAAGAUGUCCAAGAUGGUUCGGGUGGAAACCAGUGGAGACGGUUAGCUCCCCAGCCCGUACAUUCUACGUAGCGGCCAACAAACUAGCUAUCUUCACAGCUGUAACAUGCAGUACAAUCAGUAAGCAGUGCCCGUGUCUCCCGGUCCUUGUGUGAAUAUUGUGGAGGAACUCUGUGUAAAUGUCCAUAAUUUUAAUAUCAUGAUAUGGAUGUGUAGGGUUCGUUUUCAUACACAAACAAACAAUAAACCAAUGAACUUAUUUUAGUCAGGUAACCCGUCACUGUUCCAUUUUUACAUUUAUGAUAUUUGAGCAUUUUCUCAGAACUAUAUACUUAUAUAUAAAGUAAAAAGCAUAUAUACCCAUGGUUUUACCAUUUUCCCAUGAAAUCGAUGAAGAAUAUCAUGAAAUUUCACCUGAACUUAAUUAUGUAUAGCUUGCAGAAUAUUUAGUUGUUUAGCUAGGCGGUGGAGAGUGGGGUCAUUGACCAUUGUUACUUCUCUAAACUACACUCAUUGAGAGUGCUACUCGCUUGGUUUUAUUGAAACAAAACAAAAUUAAAAGAAACUUGUGUAUUUCUAUAGUAUACACAUAAGUUUCAGGUGAUUUGACCAAAGAAAUCUAAAUAAGAAGGUGCACAGAGAUAAGUGUGGAGUGACAAAGCCUAACCAUAACAAUAAAAACAUUACUUUGGUAAGGCCUCUUCAACUAAACUGCUGUUUUUUGCUGCACAAGACGCUCAAUAUCCGGAGCGUUGCAAAGAUACGUAUUGUAUGUACCUAUAGGCCGCAGUAUCUCCAUGUGGGAUUAACACUUUUAUUAUCUUCUUAUUUACUUAUAUAUGGGUUUAAAAAAAAGUGUGUGUGUGUACUUAUGUAUGCACGGUUAUAAGUUAUAGUUCUUUGGCCUAACAAAGCAAAAAUCCUUAAAAUUAUUAAUUCCUAGUGCUAAUCUACGUUUGUGUUCGUACGCAACGAUGCCUUUGUCAAUUAAUUAUUAAAUAACGAAUACGGCUGUACGUGCUUGAACCCUUUGUCUCUCCUAAUAAUGGACGAGGAAACUAAAAAUAAAAAUAACGAAUGUCGCAAACGUCAGAAAACUUUAGGAACCAACUUCACCCUGUUACUUUUGUGUUACAGUGAUGCGCACGCAUCUAAAAUUUCACUCUCAUCAUUUUUUCAUAACGCGCCUAAAGAAGUAUAACUUCUAAAAUUAUUUUUAAAUGAGUGAUGUGUGCAGUCCCCCGUUGAAUAUAAAGUACAAAUGGCUUAUAAUU